AACAGAAUGCAACCAUUGCAACCAAUAAAUAAAUAAUAAAAUAAAGAAGUCCUUACCCAGUGCUUAAAAAAUGAUUUGACAUGCCUCCUCCUUUUUGCACCGUCCCUCCCUCCUCAUAAGUAACGAACAGUCUCUAAAUGAGAUGUAUUUCACAGGGCUGAUAGCUAUCAUAGGGCUCCUUUGCAUUGUAUUAUCUUAAUAUUAUGUAACCCACAUUACUCACUUUUAUAGCCUAUAUUUUUGUGAACUUUAACGCAUUUGUCCUGAGUGUGGUCACCAUGUGCAGUCUAUGAUGUAAGUCAACAAAAUUGCAUGCAUUUCCACUUAAACAGAAUAUCAUCAGGUUUUAGUUAGCUAUCACAGAUCUGAAUGGGAUAAAGUCAUCCAGUUCAGGCCCUAAUUACAUUUUCUCUUCUUCCUCACGCCAUCAUGGCUCAGUCGACACUUAAAAUAAAACCGCAUUUUCAAAAAUUUGACCGCUUUAAUGGCAUGGUCGACUUAACAGUAAUUAAAGUCUAAGUUUACGAGGGGCACUGGAACGCAGCAUGAUUUUUGCAGUGGUGAGUGUGUUUGCAUGGUCGCUCCACAGCUACGUGCGACCCCUAUCUGCCACAGCCCGACACUCCCCAUGGAGGAGAGGAGAACAAGAAGAAGAUGCUGUCAUCCGUCGUCUGCCACCUAAGUGAAUGACAGCAGCAUGAACAUGGACUCAUUUUAAAAACAUCCUCGUGCAACUUAUCCCGCUAUCUCUGCGCCUCUAUUCGGGUCGUUCAGGAUGAUGAUGGCGUCGCGGUGCACGGAGCAAGCCGUGCAGGAGUUCCUGAUGGAGAGAGGAGGGAGGGUCCAACAGAUGGAGCUGAUCGAUCAUUUCCUAUCAGUGUCGGGCCAAAACGAGCAGCCGGAGGAAGGGGUGGAUCGCGAGGUGCUCACACGCAUCGUGGACAACGUGGGUUUCGUGAAGGUGGAGAACGGCGUGAAAUUUGUUUGUUUGAACAGUGAAGGCAACACGGAGUCGGUGAUGCGUGCGGACACGGGCGGCCACGAUCACGCGGAGUGUAACGGGAAUAUCCAGGAGACACUGGACAACAACUAUGUCAACAGCAUCCCUGACAACAGAGACCAAACAGCACCGUCCAGCCCACUGGCUGCCAGCCUGGACAAUGCCAAACACUCAAAUGGCAACGGGGAACCUGCAGCCCCCUCCCAGAAUAAUAAAGCCAACACAGCGACUCCUACCUCUGGUGGAGGAGGGGAGGUGAAGCUGAGGGACAGGAGAAGGCGGGAGUCAGCCCCAGUCAUUGGGACUGCAGAUCUUGACCAGGCUCACCCCGCGGGGUCCCACAGCCAGCAGGUGAGAGGGGCGCGCAGGAUUUCCAAAGGGUCACAGCGGGCCAUGUUGAGCAGCUGCCUAUCUGAGGACAGCGCCUUGGAAGGGCUGGAAACACUCGGAGAUAUCAACACACCCAAGGGAAGUCGCAGGAACUUCAUAGAGCUGAUGAUGAGUAGCUCUCCUCAGGUUCGGAGGUCUUUGAUCAACCGUGGGUCACGCCUCCGUGACUCAGUGAGGAGCGACGGAGAUUCGACAUCGCUCCUCUCCUCAGCCACCGACGAGGACUGCGCCUCAGUGACCCUUGACCCGCUGGAACACGAGUGGAUGCUGUGCGCCUCAGACGGCCUGUGGGAAAGCCUGCAGCCCCUGCUCAGUGUCGAACCCAGCCUCGUGGCCAAGAGAGACUUUGUGACGGGCUUCACCUGCCUGCACUGGGCAGCAAAGCAGGGCAAAGCUGAGCUGCUCUCCCAGCUGCUGGCCUUCGCCAAGGAGAACACUAUACCCGUGAAUGUAAACGUGAGAUCAAGUGCUGGAUACACACCGCUACACCUGGCAGCCAUGCAUGGACACACACAGGUGGUCCGUGUGUUGCUGUCAGACUGGGAGGCGGACCCUGAGGCUCGAGACUACAGCGGGAGGCGAGCCAUCCAGUACCUGUCCCCGCCGCUUGCUGCUGACCUGCAGGAGGAGGGCGUGGUCACCUCACCGGGAGCUGAGUCCGACAACGAAAACACCAACGGCAGCAGUGGCGGAGGGCGCAGCUGGCGAUUUCCCAGAGUCCUCCAGGGCAAUCUGAACCCACUGAGGCUCCUCAACCCACCCGCUGAGGCGGCAGAGGAGGGAAUCGUGACCGGGAGGACAAAGGGGGGGAUGCAGAGGAAGUCGUCUCUGAGCCGGCUGAAUGCCCGGCUGCACCGAGGACGCCACCGGGCCCAGAUCAUCCACAGCGCCUCCUUCAGGGACACGGGGGAGGUGGGGAGAGGAGAGGAGCUCCCCAGCAGCCCUCUCCGAACCCGACCACUGUCCAACCUGUUUGGAUGAAGUUACACAACUCGGACAUAUUAACCAGUGUGACGUGUGUUGAUUUACAAAAUACAGUUUACUCACCUUUAUAAGCUGACAGGUCGGACAUUUACGUGACCAAAAUUAACCGCACAAAUCCUAAUUUAGAGUGUCAAGCUGAUUUUUAAGUUUUAUUGUAGGACUUAUUUUUGUUCCUGUUGAGGUUGUUAGGCUGAUAUUGAUCACUGAGGGUAGGUCACAGUUCAUGUAGCAUUUUAUUUGCCACAACAAUUCAUUAAGUUAAAACUGAGCUAUUGUUCUGUGAAUUGCUUUUGAGUUAGUUUUUUUGUAGAUUUUUCUAUGUGUUUAGGCUCUGCUUUAGAGCAGGUAGCUAGCAUUACACCCGUUUUUUAUUGUUAUUUAACACUCGAAUAAUGUUCACACAAAUGCAAAAGCACCAGGCAGGAUUGUAUCAGGUUUUCACUUUAGAUUUGACUCACAGUGGUGAGGGGGUUUUGAAAAUAGCACUUAGGUUUGAUUUCACACAGCUUAUCCAGAGUCUUGUUUUUGUUUGCAGAGUAAAUUAAUAUAUUCAUAGAGCAAAUUUUCUAUAUCUCAACCUCCUUUGAUUGGGUGGUGCUGGUUUUUCAAAUACAUUUCUGUAAUUGUGAAUUGUUAUUUUUAAGUACCAGAUUUUUAGUAUUCAGACUGUUGUAACCACAGAAUUCUUGUAUGUCUAAACAACCGUGUACAGUUGUCAUGUUUGCACUUGUCACUUUGAAGAUAGUUUGUGAUUAUGGGAGGAAACUGCUCGGACUAAAACCAUGUCAGCUGUUGUUGACCCCAUGUCAUACUUAUGUUAUUUUCCUCUUAGCUGUGGUGCUGCUUAUCAGUCUAGAUUGGUUUGGUGUGAGUUGCUUAGCGUUGGAGUUAUUGACUCAAAUAUAACAGAGUGCUCCAGGGAUGAUGUUUUUCUGUAGGCCGACACAGAAGUUAGCAUAGCCCUGGUUCCCUCGACACAGCGGUCGUGUGACAUAACAUCCCUACCACAAUGAGGCUGUAAAGCUGUGUUCGGCUUGAUGAUGUUCUGUAGUCAUAGAAGACAUAGAAGCUUCAAAAUCCAAGAGUAGGGUAUUUUUUGAUGUAUUAAUGCCAUAGAACAAACCGUGAAAGUCUCUGAAGCUUUUGUUAACGACUUUAUUUCAGGCAUCUACCGAAAACCCAUUGACUUUGAGAACAUUGAACUGGGAGUGCAAAAAUGCUAACUCAUUUCAGAGUUUAAGAUUCCCUGGAGCACUUCAUUUAACCAAAUGGCACUCAGGUUGUGGUGCUCAAAGUGCCAGGAACAAACAGCAUUUGAAAAACUCAACAGCAGUGUCUCUUUCCAGAAAUCAUAACCUGGUUGCUUAAAAUAAAGCACAGGAAGCAAACUGCAGAAGGAAGAGUGCAUCUACUCAUGGAGGUAGUCUUGUGCUUGAGACAGCGCUAGAAACAUUAUUUGCGUCCUCUUCGGCUGAGCUGUAAUGUUAGCUAGCUUAGUGGUGCUAGAUGAGCUAGCAGUAGAUGCAAGCUUCCUUCUGGGCAGUGAUACAGUUGGCGGGUGUAGUUCGGUAGGAAACAAAAUAGUUCCAACUUGAUCUGCUCACAACAAGGUCUGUGGAUUAUCUUGAGUAACUAGGUCAUAAUUUCUUGAAAAGAGACAUUAAUUUUUUGGCACUUUGAGCACCACAAACUUUGAGUGCCAUCUAGCUCCAUUAUAUAUAGCCGAUAUAUCCAACACUGAGCAACUCGCACCAAAACAGUCCCUUUUUAAUAUUGUAUUCACGAUGUAUGAGGGCGAUCAGGUGAUAACACCUUUGGAUGUAUAAUGCACUGUAUAUAUAAAAGGACAAAUAAGAGUAUGUAAUUUACCCUAUACCUUUCACCUUAGUUGGUCAGUUGACACCAAAACAAGACUGCCAUGGCUUUAGUUAGACACCAGUACUUUAAAGACACUGAUCAGUUACGCAGUGGGGCUGUUUCACAGGAUAGAAGCACAGGGAACUGCAGUUUUUCUACUGACUAUAAUGUACCUCAAAGCCUUUGAGCCUGGUUCACUCAUUGUUUCAUUGCUUUUUCUGGCGGAGUGUAAGCCGUAUGGGCCUCUGAUAGUAGAUUGAUGUGCUUUGUGCAAAUAUCCAUUUCUUAAAAUGUAUUAUAUUUACCAUUUAUAUCAGAAACAUUACUCUAAAAAUCAUAUAGAUACAGUUUUUCAUGCAGUUUUGGCUCAUGUCCAGAUUUUAAUCUACUGAAAAGUUAUUCAUGUUUAGAUCUUUCUGCUGCACAUUACUGAUUGGUUCGGCAGUAUGGUAAUUAUCCAAUGAUACAAACUGAUUUAUAUCCACUUUAUCCCGCUGGACCAUAUUUUAUAUUUAAUACAUUGCUUGUAUCUGCCUCCUGUAUUGCUCUAACCUUGCAUGUACACAAUCAUUUGCUGAUCAUGUCUGCGUCAUCUGUGGAUAGUGACGAGUCUAGACCAGAAUAAGCUGUAUUUUUAGCCGAGGAGCACAUUGACUUUUUGACUGUUUUCCAAAACAUGUGAACCUUGCUUAUAUCUGUUAAUUGGAUCGAUGACACAUCCCAGAUUUCAUGAAUGUACCCUUAGUAUUUUGUAGCAUUUGUACUCAAAUCGUAGGGCUUCAUGUAACUGUACAGUUGACUCUUCCAAUGUAGAAAUGUAUCGUACAAACCCACUUUGAUGUCACUUUUUUCACAUGCAUGAAUAGGGUAAAUGUAAAUUUUGUGCACUGUUAAUGUUUUUGUCGUGUCUGUCGUCUUUGUGGAAUACUGUGAAGUUCUUACGUGGUGCAAAUACACUGUU